AUGGACUCUUGGUACUAGUACUACCGUAGUCUGUACUGUAGCAACAACAGUCCAAGUCAUUGCCAUGCUGCCAAUGCGUAGCGAGUUUCAUUUGACGGUGAAAAUUCCUUGACUUCGGAAGCCGCAAAGCCAAUCCACAGGAACGACGUUCGAAGGAGCUAGAGCUCAAACCAGUGGAUCGGUCUGUCAUGCAGAGGAUCGUUACGGUGCUAGACCAGCUACCGUAGCGAUGAGCCAACUUCUACCUGACCUGGCCAUACAACAAUUAUUUGCCCAAUAGAAAUACUAGUGUCAGAGGGCAGGUUCUGCUGCAGCUAUGUCCAAUAGGAGAAGUCCGGCCCUGGUGGCCCUCACCCUGCUGCUCGCGUUCAAAGUCAUGCCCUGCCUUGGUGUCGUACCAGUCCUUCCGCCGACUUUCAAGCCGCUGCCCUUCUGCGAGUUUCACACGGAGCAAAACGAGGGGGUUCUCUCGCUGCUCCACUAUCACACAAUGACAAACUGCACGUGGACGGUGGCUGCAUCACCGCAUCACAUCAUCAGACUGAACCUGCGCUAUGCACUGCGCUUGACCAACAUGGAUUCGAUCACCCUGUACGACGGUCCGCUCAUUUCCUCCAAGAAGCUCUACACUUUCCACCAGUUGUCGCCGGACACGGACUCGUUCCAGCACGAGAUCAUCGCCACCACCGGGCCCUACCUGACUCUACAGCUAGCUGCAAUGGGACCCAGAAACUCCGGCACUGGACGUGGCUUUGUAGGAAUGUACACAGCUGUUCCGAGAUGCCUUGCUGGAGAAGAACUCACCACGCCGGGCUCGAUCACCUCACCUCUCAGACUCACGCCGGACUUCCGCCUGAUCUACAUCAAAAACGCUGAAUGUACCUGGCGAAUACGUGCACCUGAGGGCAUGCGCGUGCGUGUGAAUGUCGAGACCAUUGACCUGGAAGAGUCACCGCAGUGUCAAAACGAUUACCUUGUGUUUACAAAUUACCGGCCAUCCCCGGGUCUUCCACCCAGUUUCUACAGCUUUACAGAAUCCCUACCGGAGGCCUCCCUGGCCGAUGUUCCGACGAUGAGCCGGUUUUGUGGCAACUCCCUCGUCAAUGCAUCCAUUACCUCGUCUGGAAACACUCUGGGAAUCGUGUUUCACUCCGACUACCUGGUUGAGAAGUCUGGAUUCACAUUGACUUAUGACUUUGUACCCGGCUGUGGAGUGGGCAUGUUUGAAUGCCACAACAAUGGGCAGUGUCUGUCACCGCACAAGCAUUGCGACGGCAAGGUAGACUGCAGUGAUGGCAGUGACGAGGAGUCCUGUGUGUGUGAUACUGGCACACAGUUCACUUGCACAAGUAACAUAUCAGAAUGCGUUCCAAGGAACAUGGUCUGCCUAAACACGACCGCUCUGUGCUCUGAUGGAUCCGAUGCCGUUUCCUGUGUGUGCAUCGGUAGGGAUCUGCCAUUGUUCAACCUAAACCAGACCGUGGUCGCCAUUGCGCCGCCAUCCUGGAUUAAGACCUGUCUCAGCGACAUUCCACUCGGCAAGGGAGAGCAGAUCUUCACACUGGAGAUCAUGAAAAACAGCCUGGUCAACAUGUACUCGUACAAAGAUUUGGUCGUGGACAGCUCGAAAGCUGCCAACCCAGACAGCCAGCUCUCAAGGCGGUUCUCAUUUGACCAGUACAACAUCAGCGUGGACAUGGAUGCACGCCUCACAGCCAUGGAGCUGAAGCCGUACAAAGACAUGUUCAGCUUUCACAGCGAUCUGAUGCUGCUGUUCAACGAGCUGAAGGACGCGCACACCACAUACAGUGCACCGUUUACCCCACUGAGGAUCUACUUGCCCGUCUGGUUUAAUACGAAGCUGCUGCUGGACAGCGGGAAGCAGAUUGUCGUCGUGAGCGAAGUGGACGGACGCCUUGCUCAUCUGCACAAUACAAUCUACGGCGCUCUGACACCAGGUCUCUUCAGCCUUGAAGGCAAGGAGAUCAUGAUGAUUGACGAGAGGCCGGCCAUGCAAGUGCUACAAGAAUGGGCCCAAAGCUGGCCGGAUUUCAAGAGCAACUCGGU